AUGCUCUACAAAUUCGUCAUCAACGAUGAGGGUAUUGUCCAUCGCCUGCCCCCCGGCGGGCUCACGACCUACCCAGCCCAGUCUGUAUGGGUCAUGCACGAGCGCUUCCCCUUCCUCAAGCCCUUCUACUUUAGCUUCGAGACGGAGUUCAGCGCUGCUGCUGCUCUGAGCUGGAACAUUGCGAACUACUAUGUGGCCCCUCUUGCUGCUUGUCUUUAUUUGCUGUUUUGCUACUGCGGCACGAAAUAUAUGAAGAACAGAGAGCCCUUUGACCUGCGCACUCCCCUCAAGUACUGGAACCUCGCCCUCGCCAUCUUCAGCUUCAUGGGCAUGGUGCGGGUGGUGCCGCAGCUGGCGUGCCUGGUGUGCAGCUACGGGUUCGAAGCGUCGCUGGCGAGCCCGCCCGUGUACGCGUACGGGCACGGGGCCGCGGGGUUUUGGACUCUGUUGUUUAUUUACUCCAAGUUCUUCGAACUCUUGGACACAGUCUUCAUAAUUCUGCGGAAAAGACCCCUCUCCUUCCUGCACUGGUACCACCACGCCACAGUGCUGCUCUACACGUGGGACGCGUACACGUGGGAACAGCCCGCGGGCAUUUACUUCGUGGCGAUGAACUUCAGCGUGCACGCGGUGAUGUACUUUUACUACUUUUUGGCCGCGCAGCUGCGGCGGCCGCUCUCGUGGGGCAUUUUCGUGACGGCCGCGCAGAUCUCGCAGAUGUUCGUGGGCGUGGGGGUCACCUUCGUGUCGAUGUACUUCGCCUUCAGUUUUCCGUACCGGCCGCUGUGGCGGCGCGAGCAGAUCCGCGACGCCCUCGCCCACGGCCACUACAUCACGCCCAAGAACCUCUACUGGGCCUGCCUCAUGUACUCCACCUACUUCUACCUCUUCGCCGAGUACUUCGUCAAGCGCUACGUCAAGGGCCGCGGCCACGCCGCCAAGGCCCGCAAACACUGCAAGCAGCUCCAGUGA